CACACCACAGUCUGAGACCUCCUUAUGCAAGCCCGGAUUGCUAUUCAUCUCAGUCCUCAUCUUCCUCUGUCUCCACUCCCUGCACCCCUCAGCACUCACAAUGGUCUCCUGAGGAGCCAGCCUCUCCGGUCCAAGCCAAGCCAGCUCCCUGCCUUGUUCUCAAUGCCUACAGUAAAGAAAGAUCAGCACAGCAAGUCCCAAGGUCUAGGCCUGCAAUAUUUGGGGACGUCAGUGGCCGGGGCUUUUCAAAGGGUAUGGCUUGGACCUACGGAGACCCCAUUGCUAGGAGCACAUUCCAGAUUCUCAGCGCCUCCUCUACUGGGACCCUCAUGAGCUUUGAAUUUACCCGAAGAUGGGCCUGACCCAGCAUCAGCAGGGACUGGGGGACUGCUGUGCAGAGAUGGCCGACCCAGAUGCCCAGUGUCAGAGACGGUAGGGGGCAGGAGGCUGGGCUUGGCCAGGAGUCUGCGGGAGCCGAGCCUGGGACCAUCCGCGAGGUCCCCAUCUCGAGGUUCCACCGGGCUCAGGAGUACCAGGUGCUGGCCGUGGGGGGUGGGAGCGCUACCAAGGUAGAUGUCCCCGAGGCAGUGCAGGAGACUGGCAAGGACAGCCCUCGCCUGCGCGGGGCCACCAGGGUCGCGCUCUCCGCUGCGACCCCCGCCCUCCCCGCGGGGCCAGCAGAGCCCCGCCCGCCCGCCUGAGCCGGAGCGCGGCGCCGCGGGAGGAAUUCCAGCCAUUUCCUCUGCGCCGCGCGGUAUGUGGCCUGCUCGCUGCCCGACCGCAGCACGGCCCCGGGUGGGGGCCGCCGGCGCGGGCCAGUCCCCAGCCGCGUCUGGCAGCUGCCCGAGCCUCGCGGUGCUGCUCGGGAUUCCCGGCCAGCAGCCUCCUCCUCCCGGGCAACCAAACCGGCCUUUCCAGCAGCCCCGGGCCUGCGUGUUCCCGCCGGGAGCCGCUCCUCCCCCGCGUGCCCGGUCUCGGGUUUCAUCGCCCCCAUCGCGCCCCUUCUGCCGCCGCUGCGGAGGAACUUGGCAGCCAGAUCGCUCUUGCGAGUCCCCUGCAUCCGAAUUUGAAGCUGAAGUAGACAGUUGCUCUGUCACCUCGGGGCAUGUCCUGAGACCUAAUUGCCCAGCCUCAGUUUCUCCAUCUAUGAGAUGGUGACCCUGGCAGAAAUGCCUUCCUCAUUUGUACCGAGGUUAAAUAGAAAAGGAAAAUCCUGGACAAAUGUUAGCGACAUUUUUGUUUUUCAGCGUCUCACUACUGUCCUUUACUUUCCACACAAGAUCUCCCUGCCCUCCGCCUCUUCUGCAGCCUGGUUUGCAGGUGGAGCAGUCAGGGCGGUUCCUGCAAGUAGGCACAGUAGAUGGCCUCUUUACAGGGCGACAUGCCCACGGAAGUGCACUCAACUAACUGAAAAGUGCCUGAAAGGCCGACCCUGGAGUCCUGAGGACCUCCAAAGGACCCCAGAAGGCAGUCUCCAAGAAAUGCAGACUCUCAGGCACGAUGACGUAUGUUCAGAAUCCCAGCAAGUCUGGGAGGCUGAGGCAGGAAAAUGGAAAGCUCUAGACCUGCCUAAGCAAUUUAGCGAGAGCCUAUAUCAAAAUAAAA